CCGACAACCGGCCGUAUGGCCUAUCAAGCAGACAAGAACGUCGUUCUCAACAGAGCUCGUGGUCUCAUAAAUGAGCCUACCACUGUUAUUCAUUUUAUAAGAUUUGUAAUAAACACUGAAAAUAUUCAUAAAGGAUCAGAUAAAAAUAGAUCAACAAUGUUAAAAAUGAAGAUUGAAAGAAUAGAACUAAUGGAUAGAGGACGAAUUGAUGAUUUUCUUCUUAGGGCUAGAUCUCUAUCAUUCGAGAUUACAGAGUUAGGCUUGAAUACUGAAGAAGAACUUGUUCAUUUUAUUAACAAUGGGGUACCAUUGAUAUUUAGUAACGUUACUACUGCUCUAUACGCUAUCUCAAACGUGGACUUCGAAUUAUUAAGGGAUAGUCUAAUUCGCUAUGAGAAGAAAUGUAUCCAACAUGAUUACCGCAGCAAUGUAAUGGCUUAUAAAUCACAAGAAACGAAGAAAUUAGAUUGUUAUAUUUGUGUAAAAGUUGGUAAUUAUGCAAAACACUGUUGUCCUAAGAAGAAAUUCGAGAAUGAACUUGAAGAUUCAGAAUCAACGACGAAAAUUAAAUGUUAA